GCGAACGCUAAAUCCGUGAAUAUUUAAAUGAGCCAAGAAGCGGUUUGCCGACGCUGCUAACAGAAAGUUGAAAAAGGAAAAAAAUUAAAAAAAAAAAAAAUUGUUUGCCAAAUUUCUUUGAGCUUGCGUGGGCGGAGAAUGCUUUUGGUUUAAUACUCGAAAAAAUGGGUGUUCUGGAAAUAGAUCAGCGUCUAAAUGCAAUUAUGGAAUCAGCACCAACAAAUCUAACAGUUGAAAAAAGCGUCGCCGGUGUGGCGCCAAAACGUUCGGAGAGCAUUGAAGAAAUGCAAGUGGAGUUUACGAAAACACUCGAGCUCGACCAGCAUAGUAGUAGUGAAAAUAGUCCGAAUGCGCCUAAAUUGCCCAUGCAAGUUGGUGAAACGAAAAUUCAACUCAGUUUUAGUGUUGAUCGCUUAUUGAAUACCGAAGAAACGCAUUCUGGAGAGAUUAGUGCUAAUCAAGAGCUCAACGAUGUUUGUGAGAAUUUAAAGAAUUGCAAAGGUGCUAGUGAUGUGGAGUGUUUUAAAAAUGCGAAUAUGACCACCUACGCUGGUGGCUCGUGCAUGGAUCCCAACUGUUCGGCCCUGUUGGGCAGUGCUAAUGAAAUGCAGAAUGAAAUUGUUUCAGUGAAUUUAAAAAAAUAUGCCAUAUCCACACUCAACAACGAAAUGCAAGAGAAAUUUUAUCGCCAGAGGCCGCCGCCAUUAAUGCCUCCAUAUUUAGAUUUCAAAGCCAUUGUACGGCCGACGCCGAUUCGCGCGAUCAGCAGUGGGCGUGAGACUGUACCUCUCCACACGCCGCCAUAUUCAACGCUCGCAACAACAGCGCUCCUACGCUUCCAACAACAAAAGCACGUGGUAACACACACACAAAUGCUUGCCACACCCCCAAGCUUACUACAAAAUCUAAACAGCAGCGGCAUGGGCCUGAAAUCCUUUCACAACCCCGCAAUAAAUAUGCAAAACUAUGCGUCACCAGCGCUAACGGUACGGUUUCCCGCAUUAAAGACGCAUGCGCACCAUUUACUGGACAUUCCCAUGGGCACCGCCAACUUUAUCAGCCAACAUCACAGACAGCAACAUUCACACCAUUUAGCGCAGACGUCCAAUCUCGCAACGAAUCAUGCCAGCAAUGCGUCGACACAACUACAACUGGGAACGGGUAGCUGCAGCAAUAUUAAUAUGAAUAAUAACAAUAGCGGUAAUGGCACAAGUGGCGCUGGCGGAAGUGCUGGUGGAGGUGCUGGCGGUGGUGGUAGCAGUAGCGGUGGGGGUGGAAAGCGAAAGCGUUCUUGGUCCCGUGCGGUCUUCAGUAAUUUACAGCGCAAAGGACUCGAAAUACAAUUCCAGCAGCAGAAGUAUAUCACGAAGCCGGAUCGUCGGAAGUUGGCGGCGCGGCUCAAUCUCACCGAUGCGCAGGUUAAAGUCUGGUUCCAGAAUCGACGCAUGAAAUGGCGUCACACGCGUGAGAACCUCAAAAGUGGGCAGGAGAAGCAAAUUUCGUCUUCGCCUGCAACACAUCCCUCACAAGCUGUUAAAGAAGAGAGCUGCGCUCAAUCCACUAAUGGCGAUAAGCCCGCGGCGGGAGAUGGCUAUUCCAGCGAUGAUUCGUCGUGUGGCGAGUUGAGUGAGAAUGAUGAUGAAAUUGAUGUCGUGCAGUGAGUGCUCGACGUUGUACUUCUUUUAAUUUAUAUAUUAACUCUUAUUUGUAUGUUUCACGUAUGCAUGUAAAUUUAAUUUCAUAUUUAAAUACUCAAUACACCAUAA